GGUUAUAUAGCUGUGUAGAAGGGCCUUGAAUCUACACUGCCAUAUAAUCCAGUGCAAAUUAGAUAAUCUGUGGAAGAAGUCUAAGUGAGGCCUAAAUCUGCCUGUCCCCUAACUGAACCCUGGCUGUCCUUUGGCUGAAUUGGUUGCUAGGCGACCAAGUGGGCAGAGAUUAGCCCUCUAAACUGGCAGCAAUUGGAUAAAAACAAUUAUUGCUCUCCCUCUAAUUAGGACUUUAUUUUUCUUUUCUUUUUGUUGUAUCAACCCUGAGGCGUGGGUGAUGGGUUGUGUUGUCAAAUUUCGAGGUUGGGGGGCCUGUACUUUUGUUGUUUUGUGGGUCGCCGUGAUGCCAUCACUCUUUUAUAUAUAUAGAUGUAUAUGGGGAAGGGGCAGUCAGGCAAGGUUACCUGAUGAGGAUGCUGUCAUAAUGGCUAUUUCCAGCCCAGGGCCAAGGGUGAGCCCCAUGGCCCUCAGUUGGCUUUGGCCAAUGGCACCGGAUGCCACCAGCAUGGCGGACAAGAGCGGCGCCUUGAAGUGCACCUUCUCGGCCCCGGGGCACAGCGCCACCCUGCUCCAAGGCCUGGCCGCCCUCCGGGACCAGGCCCAGCUCCUGGACGUGGUCCUCACCGUCAACAGCCAGGCCUUCCAGGUCCACAAAGUCGUCCUGGCCGCCUGCAGCGACUACUUCCGGGCCAUGUUCACCGGCGGGAUGCGUGAAGCCAGCCAGGACGUGAUCGAGCUGAAGGGCGUCUCCGCCAAGGGCCUGAGGCACAUCAUCGACUUCGCCUACAGCGCCGAAGUCACCCUCGACCUCGACUGCAUCCAGGACGUCCUGGGGGCGGCCGUCUUCUUGCAGAUGGCGCCAGUGGUGGAGCUCUGCGAGGAGUUCCUCAAGUCGGCGAUGAGCGUCGAAACUUGUCUCAACAUCGGCCAGAUGGCCACCGCUUUUAGUUUGGCCUCCUUGAAGGAGUCGGUGGACGCCUUCACCUUCCGGCACUUUCUCCAGAUCUCCAAGGAGGAGGACUUCCUGCAGCUGCCUCUGGAGCGGUUGGUGUUCUUCCUCCGGAGCAACAAGUUGAAGAGCUGUGCCGAGAUCGAGCUCUUCCGCGCGGCCGUCCGCUGGCUGCAACACGACCCCGCUCGGCGCUCCACGGCCAGCCAGGUCCUCUGCCACAUCCGCUUCCCGCUCAUGAAACCCCUCGAGCUCGUCUACAGCGUCCAGACCUUGGACAUCAUGGUGGAGGACGUCUUGUGCCGGCAGUAUCUCCUGGAGGCCUUCAAUUAUCAGAUUUUGCCGUUCCGGCAGCACGAAAUGCAGUCUCCGCGCACCGCAAUCCGCUCGGACGUGCUGUCGUUAGUCGCGUUCGGCGGCACGCCGUAUACCGACAACGAUCGCAACGUCAGCACCAAAGUUUACUAUCUUCCGGACGGCGCUUCCCGGCAAUUUAAGGAAUUGACGGAGAUGGAUUCGGGGAGUAGCCACGCGUGUGUCGCCGUCCUGGACAACUUUGUUUACAUGGCGGGCGGACAACGUUUGCAGUAUCGAAGCGGCGAAGGAGCCGAGGAUCUUUGCUAUCGUUACGAUCCGCAUUUGAACCAGUGGCUGCGCAUACAAGCGAUGCAAGAGAGUCGGAUCCAGUUCCAACUACACGUAUUGCGCGGCGCAUUAUACGCGACAGGAGGACGCAACCGUUCUGGUAGUUUGGCUUCCGUGGAAACAUACUGUCCCAGGACAAAUGAGUGGAGCUAUGUCUGCUCUCUGAAGCGCCGGACGUGGGGCCACGCGGGGGCCGCGCUGGGGGGCAAACUAUACGUCUCCGGGGGUUACGGCAUCUCGGUGGAGGACAAAAAGGCCUUGCAUUGCUACGACCCGGAAACGGAUCAGUGGGAGUUCAAGGCUCCGAUGAACGAGCCCCGAGUGUUGCACGCCAUGGCCGCCGCUCGCGGACGCAUCUACGCCCUCGGCGGCCGCAUGGACCACGUCGACCGCUGCUUCGACGUCCUGGCGGCCGAGCACUACGUCCCGGAGGCCGACCAGUGGACGGCGGUGAGCCCCAUGCGGGCCGGGCAGUCGGAGGCGGGCUGCUGCCUCUUGGAGGACCGCAUCUACGUGGUGGGGGGCUACAACUGGCACCUCAACAACGUCACCAGCAUCGUGCAGGUCUACAACACCCAGACCGACGAGUGGGAGCGCGACCUGCACAUCCCAGAGUCCUUUGCGGGCAUCGCCUGCGCCCCGGUCGUCCUCCCGCAGGACGUGGCCCGGAGGUGACCCCGCCCCCCCACUGCAUGCCAAAUAAAGCUUUGGGCCCUCCCCUAUAUAUUUAUGUACGUACACCACUGUCCUCUUUUCGAGCCUGCAAACAUUAUAUACGAGUCAAACGUGGUUGGAUGGGUUUGUUUACCUCUUUCUUCACCUGAGGAUGGGUUUGUUUACCUCUUUCGGCUGAGGAAGGGUUUCUUUACUUCUUCCUUCACCUGAGGAAAGGGUUGUUUAUCUCUUCCUUCGCUGAGGAAAAACCCUUUCUUCAGGCGAAGGAAGAAAUAAACAACCCUUUCCUCAGGCGAAGGAAGAGGUAAACCUCUGUUUAUCUCUUCCUUCGCCUGAGGAAAGGUUUCUUUACCUCUUCCUUUGGCUGAGGAAAGGUUUGUUUACCUCUUCUUUCAGCUGAGGAAAGGUUUGUUUACUUUCAGCUGAGGAAAGGUUUGUUUACCUCUUCCUUCGCCUGAGGAAAGGUUUCUUUACUUCUUCCUUCGGCUUAGGAAAGGUUUCUUUACCUCUUCUUUCAGCUGAGGAAAGGUUUGUUUACUUCUUUCAGCUGAGGAAAGGUUUGUUUACCUCUUCCUUCGCCUGAGGAAAGGUUUCUUUAUUUCUUCCUUCGGCUUAGGAAAGGUUUCUUUACCUCUUCUUUCAGCUGAGGAAAGGUUUGUUUACUUCUUUCAGCUGAGGAAAGGUUUGUUUACCUCUUCCUUCGGCUGAGGAAAGGUUUGUUUACUUCUUUCAGCUGAGGAAAGGUUUCUUUACCUCUUCCUUUGCCUGAGGAAAGGUUUGUUUACCUCUUCCUUCGCCUGAGGAAAGGUUUGUUUACCUCUUCCUUCGCCUGAGGAAAGGUUUGUUUACCUCUUCCUUCGCCUAAGGAAAGGUUUGUUUACCUCUUCCUUCGCCUAAGGAAAGGUUUGUUUACCUCUUCCUUCGCCUGAGGAAAGGUUUGUUUACCUCUUCCUUCGCCUAAGGAAAGGUUUGUUUACCUCUUCCUUCGCCUAAGGAAAGGUUUGUUUACCUCUUCCUUCGCCUGAGGAAAGGUUUGUUUACUUCUUCCUUCGCCUAAGGAAAGGUUUGUUUACCUCUUCCUUCGCCUGAGGAAAGGUUUGUUUACUUCUUCCUUCGCCUAAGGAAAGGUUUGUUUACCUCUUCCUUCGCCUGAGGAAAGGUUUGUUUACCUCUUCCUUCGCCUGAGGAAAGGUUUGUUUACCUCUUCCGUCGCCUAAGGAAAGGUUUGUUUACCUCUUCCUUCGCCUGAGGAAAGGUUUGAUUACUUCUUCCUUCGCCUGAGGAAGGGUUUGUUUACUUCUUCCUUCGCCUGAGGAAAGGUUUGUUUACCUCUUCCUUCGCCUGAGGAAAGGUUUGUUUACUUCUUCCUUCGCCUGAGGAAAGGUUUGUUUACCUCUUCCUUCGCCUGAGGAAAGGUUUGUUUACCUCUUCCUUCGCCUGAGGAAAGGUUUGUUUACUUCUUCCUUCGCCUGAGGAAAGGUUUGUUUACCUCUUCCUUCGCCCGAGGAAAGGUUUGUUUACCUCUUCCUUCGCCUGAGGAAAGGUUUGUUUACCUCUUCCUUCGCCCGAGGAAAGGUUUGUUUACCUCUGCCUUCGCCCAAGGAAAGGUUUGUUUACCUCUUCCUUCACCCAAGGAAGGGUUUCUUUACUUCUUUCACCUGAGGAAAUAUUUCUUUACUUCUUCCUUUGCCUAAGGAAAGGUUUGUUUACUUCUUCCUUUGCCCGAGGAAAGGUUUUUUUACCUAUCCCAGGCCUGACUUAAAGCAAUAACAAUACUAAAAUGUGUGUGGGAAGCGAAAAAUAGUUGGUUUCAUACCUAUUGUUUUGUUGAGAAGCACACCUGUUUAUUUCUAAUUAUUAUUAUUAUUGUAUAUGAAGUCGCCAGGCUUCUCUCCUUUCCUCCAGUGCCUUGGGAUCUCAGUCAGAGGCUGAUAGGACGGCUUUCGGUGUUGUUGUUGUUGUUUUCUGAGUAAAUAAAUAAUACAUUUUAUUUCUGCUGAGUCUUGCUCAGAAACCAAGGCCGGAUCAGCUUUAAAGUCAUCCUCAAAGCUCUCAAAGGAGAGAGCCAGGGCGCCGAGACACGCGUGUCGUCUUCCGUGUCGGGCCUCGCCGAAUGUAAACAUUAAAGCCGAUGUUUCCAAGCGUG